AAGUUCUGCUGUUAGGUAACUGCUCGGUCUAGCCCGUCACGUCUAAGAGGUUGUGCAGCAGCUUCGGUGUUGGGGGCUCGUUCUCGUUAGGUAACGGCAGUGCCAAGUAAUGUGGGGCAAAGGUGGCAGAGUGGCAGUGUCCACCCCCUGGAGCGGCGCUGUCAGGCGGCUGUGUCCUCCCCUUUGCCGGGUCCCCCUCCCUCUCCUCCUCCUUCUUCACACUCAGCUCUCUCCUCUCAGGCUGGAAGCUGCACUCGCUGAAAAUGGCGGACUGCAGCACACUGCUGGAUGAAGCGCUGGAGUCAUUCGUGUUCAGCUACCUGACUGACAGCCCGGAGCCUGGUGAGGAGCCUCUGUCACUGGACUUUCCCGAGAUCGAUCUGUCCCAGUUGGACGCCAGCGAUUUUGACACGAACAGCUGUUUUAAUGAGUUACAGUGGUGUAACGAUCAGUCGGAGAAUGAGUCCAGCCAGUUCAGCACCGAUGACUCUGAGCUGUUUCAGAUUGAUGGGGAAAAUGAGGCCUUACUGGCAGCCCUCACACAGACACUGGAUGAUAUUCAGGAAGAUGAUAUCAACUUUUCAGCCUUCAUAUCCUCUGGAGAUGGGGACAUCUACCCCGCACCUGCCCUUUCGCCAAAACCCAGCCGCCCAGCUGAAUUCCCUAAGAGUCUAGAAACUGAAGAUGAGCUGUCUAUACUCAAGAAGUUGCUUCUUUCUCCAGCACAGACACCCACAGGCUUUGAUACACACAAUGAGAGCAGCUCUCGACAUCAAGGAACCUCAAAGGUCCGUCUUCAGCGGCAGUGUUUGAAGGUGGAGAGUUCAACAGAAAGACCUGCUGGCAUUGCUCAAGCACUGGACAGAAGCUGUAGUGAACUGCACAGGCAUUUGGUAUCAACCACAUGUGUCCCUCAACCUGCAGCUAAGAAUGAAAGCAAUAAAGAAGAACACCAAACAAAUGAAGAGGAGCACAGUGAAGAUGAAUCUGCAAGCUCUUCAGCAGUGUUUGCUUUACAAGGUCAAGAGCCACAGUUCACCUGUGAGAAGGAAAAGCAAGUGGUGGUAGACCUCAUUCGGUAUAUGCACACCUACUGCCUUCCACUCAAAAAGCAUCAUAGUGAUGAAAAACACCAGCAAUCUAACAGUCUCUUGAAGAGACGUAAAAGCGAUUCCACACAGUCCUUGCAUACUUUUGAAAAUAAAGUAAUCUUGGCAAAUGCCAAAGGGAGCUGUCUUGCAUUGGGCAUGGUUAAAAGGACAAGGCGAACCCGGUCUGGGUCCUCCAUUCUGAAAGAACUCCUAGCAAGAGACAUUUGUGAGGACGUGAGCAAGCCAUACCGGCUGGCACAGCCAGUAUAUGCAGCAUUCUCUCAUUUAUCUUGUAGCCAUUUGCUCCAAGAUAAAAUAGAAGGAGUGUUGGGGAAGGGGAUCAGACCUGUGCUUGAAAACACUGUAAAGCCAUAUCUGGCUCUCAGGAAAGAGGGCCAAUGUAUAGGGGCAGAUUGUGGAAGCCCAGCACAAAAUGCUCUAGAGCCGGUGACCAAUAAAUCUGCUUCUAAACAGGAAUGCUCUGUUUAUGUGAGACGUUCGAGCAGACUAAACCCAGAGUUCUGGUUUAAUGAAGAAGCAUCCCCACAGACAUGUACAGCACAGAGAAAUGCUGACAGCCAGGCCCCAGACGCACAGAACCUCUGUUUGACAUUGGAACCUUUUGUUGAUGAAGAACAGGUUGCUGAAAUAGAAGUUGAUGAGUCAAAUCAAACAAAUGGCCAGAUAGAACUGGACAGAGCACUACUGGAGUUGGAUAUCCUUGAGAGUGAUGCCCUUGAAGCACACAGUGACAUUGUCAACCAACAGUAUCAUCCCCUAGAUAAUACCAGAUGCUCUCCAUUGUCUUUGACUGAAACCAGCUCUGCAUUUGAGAAGAGAACUUUUGAGCAAGGACUUACUGUUGAGCUGUGUGGGACUGCAGGACUAACCCCACCCACUACUCCCCCAUACAAGCCUGCAGAAGAAGACCUGUACAAACCAGAGAUAAGUCCGGAAUCAGUAAAUAAAGGUCCAAUCAUGAAAGAACCCGCUGAAGAACCUCUGUCUGUAAAUAGGAAGCUUUCAAAGAAGCAGCCAGAGAGGACUGAACUAUUUGCACAUCUGAGUCGAACAGAGUCCCUUGCAGCAAACUCUCUGUCCCUGGGAAUUAAAAGGCCAUUUUCCCGGUCUUUUGGAGACCAUGAUUAUUGCCAGGUUAAUAAAUCCGAAACUCUGGUCCAGAGAAAAGUACUGAAGUCUCUAGAUAUCCCAAGAUAUAGUGAAAAGAAAAAGAAGCAGCCAUUACCUCAAGUACCACAGAGAAAAAUCACUAAAGGGUCUUUAACCCAAGACAGUAAAGUGUUAAAAGACCAUGAGAUUCGAGCAAGUCUCACCAAGCAUUUUGGGUUUCCAGAUAAUACUCUUAAAGAAGAAGAGGAUGAUGUUACAUGUAUUAACCCUGAGUAUGACUCUGUUUUUGAGGACAGUGACAGUGACUGCAGCUCUGCUGAUGAGGUCUGCCUGUCAAAUAUUAGAACAAAGUCGUGUUCUAGAAGGAGUCCCCAACCCAAGCUACAGAGCUAUCGUCCGAGUCAGACUUCUGCUAGAAUCAUAAGCUUGUCUGACAGCAAGAGGACAAACAGCAGAUAUGAAAGCAAUGAGCAGAGACAGACUGGAAACUUGAGCCAGAGGCAAAUCCAAGGGCGGAGGCAAAAGGCAAUUGAUGAAGGGCGCCUCAUCUGCAUCAGAAACCUUUCCAACAGCAUUAGUGCUAAUGAGCUGAAGAGGAGGUUUGAAGUCUUUGGAGAGAUCACUGAAUGUCUCGUCCUUAGCAGAAACAGGGGAGAUAAAUACGGUUUAAUCACAUAUCGUUGUCAUGAGGACGCUGUGUUGUCCCUAAAGAAGGGCACUUCCCUGAGAAAAAGGAAUGAGCCUGCAUUUCAUAUGAGCAGUGGAGGUCUCAGGCACUUUUUUUGGACCAAAUACACUGAUCUAGAUUCAAAUGCAGUGGAGCCAUCGUCGGCUGGAAUGAUGAGCAAGUACGAAUCGAUGGAUUUUGACAGCUUGCUGCAAGAGGCACAGAGAAGUCUGCAUCGAUGACAGCCUUAUUUUGGAGGAGUACCUCAAUACCUCAGUCAAGGCACUUCCAACAUGUUUACGUUUUCGAAACAAAGUGAAAUACAGAUACAAAAAGACUUUAUCCUUUUGAAUUGAUGUUUACAUUGAACAAAGCUGCUUCUGUAUGUGAUCUUCCCAUGGUGUUGCUGUCUCACUGCCGCAUUUGAGUAUCCUUGCAUUUUUCGGGUGCAUCUGUAGACAUAACAUCCUUUGCCCUCCCCUCGUGAUUGCAGCUGUGUUCUCCAAAACAUUUUUGUCUGUAGUGUGUAAAAUGAACCACCACAAAGUCUUUUGUGAAUAGUCUGUAUUACAAAACUACUUUUAAUAGAAAGAAAUAUAUAUUCUUUAAAAAAAAAAUUAAUGUAUUUAUGGUUCACAUGUACUGUAUUUCAUAUUGUCGUUUGCUUCAUUUUGAACUAUGCACUCUAGUGAGGUGUUUGCAAAAGAUGCGAUUUAAUCCUUGUACAUUAAGAAUCCUAACUGGGCACGAACUGUACAGGUGGACAAUCCGGGGGGGGAAGGCGUUGAAAACGUACAUGACCUUGAAGAUAAAAUCAAGUCAAUGUGUCAUGUUCUAGUAAUAUUGGAUCUCACCGUCUGGAGACCCUCUGGUCCUUGUUGGUUUUUCCUCCUGCCUUUCCCACAGUUUUCUUUCUAGAAUUGUAACCUCUCCUUUUAUAUUAGUUCAAAUCCAGUCGGAAACUCGCACAAAAAAAAAUGAUCUGACGUUCACAUUCCUUUCUCAGAGUUGAUGUUGAAGAUGAGAACGUUUGUGCAGCAGGUAUCAGUCCACCAGGCCCAUAAAGAAAAUACAGUUUCUAGAUCUGAUCACCUUGGCAUAUGGUCCAGCAAAUCGGAACGACUAACUUGCAGGCAGGAUUUAAUUUUGCAUUUCAGGUGUCCCAUAAAUCCAGUAUUCACCAUCUAGGGUUGUAUGUAAGUGCCCUGUAUCCUGAAGUACCAUAUGUUCAGUGGAUAAUGUUUCCUGUUACAUGCUUUCCCAAAGAUUACCAAUGAGAUUAGCCUCCUUCACACCUUAUGGUAUGCAUUGAUUUCACGAUAUCAUGAUGUGACUGACAGCAAUAUACAGCUGGAAUAAUGCCCGCCAUAUCCUGACCCAGACAGCAAUGUUUCUUGGUUAACAUUUUAGCUUAGUAUAUAAAAGCCAUUCUUUUUAGUGACUUGGAAGCGUUGUAAAUAGCAUCAUCUACACUUGGGAACUGGGACUGCUGAAGCCGCUUUAUAUAUGUUUACCAGGGUAGCUUAGAAUGUAGGAUUAAGCCAUUAUGUGUAGUUUAGGAAACAUAGCCUUAUAUAGUUACCGGUAGAUACCGCCGGUCUUAUUUUUUUAUGUUUUGCCAAAGUUUCCAGCAGCUCCCGCAAACCCCAGGAUUGAACAUACCUCUUCGGCAAACACCUUAUUGUAGAUCUGCCUUUCUCUGUCAUAGUAUUCCCAUACAACAAUGAUGUUUACAUGUGAUUGCUAUAUAGUUUACUGUAGGAUACAAUAUAAAUAUCUAUAUAUAAAGAAAUAUAUAUGAAUAUGAUGUUGCCCUUAGGGUGAAUCGUUACGUUUUGUGCUGUGCUGAUAGAUUUGAGAACAGUGUAUGGAAUAGUCUCUGAAUAGACGUCUACAGUUUACACAAAGCACAUGUUGCAUUGGGGAUUCAGUUGCGUAAGGAUUAAAAAUGGCAGUGGCAGGUGGGCGACUCCUUGGAGCUUAUGCGUGGCCAGUGAAUCUCCUGCUUCUAAUGUCCUAGUAGUGCUUCCUUUUGCUGACCGACUUUGUCUGGCUCUCAUUCUGACAGUGGACAUGAUGGCAGAAGCUUUCAUGAAUAUUGAGUCAUAACUUGGUGUUUUGAGGGAUUUAACUAUUAAGAAUUUAUUUCCAUGAGGCCUUUUUAGAUAUUGUUUAGCAAGCUUCUUGUCCAGCAAUUAUGCAAAGCAUACACGCACAGGUAGUCUUAUAGCGGGUCCACCACUAGUAUCUACAUUGAUAGACCAUGUUCAAUUUUCGUUGUUUAUUACAUGGUGUGCACUUAACACCUAUGAAUGUAUUUCAUGGUAGCUUGUGGCCUGUGAUAACGGUGACAAGGAUAUCGUUUGUGACUGUUGUAUUAUAAAAAUUCUUUCAUUUAUGGGAUGUGCUUAUAGUCCGUUCAGUUAGGUUAUACAGUUUAUUUCCAGAUGGCUUGUCCUUUUUUGAAUUGGGUUGGGCUUGUACUUUGUAUGUUUUAAACAAAGGUUGAUGCUAAAGCGUUAUUUCCAUCUGGACAUUUUUGACAUAUGCACAAGAUAUCCCGUGAAUGUCCAAUAGGUGUAGGUCCUAUCUCGAGAACGGCAUCUGCUAGAUGGGGUCUCAUUCUUGAGAUAUGUGUGGGUCCCACCUCUGAGACCUGCACCUGUUGGACAUUUAUUGCAAAUGUCAAGAUGGGAAUAAGUAUGCUAACUAUGUUCUCUUGAAAAAUUCUAGAACUGAAGGCUAAAUGCCAAACUCAGUGAGUAGAAACUGUCUCUGAAAGCAUCAGAUUUGGGGGUGAGGUGGCACUGCUGGGCCUUCUAUCUGCGAAAAGCAGUAGCCUGCUUAAUUGCCCAACCACUCCAUCAACCACCAUAGUGUUCAGAUAAUAUCCUUUGGAAAUUAAAGGGGUUUUCCAGGAUUUUACUACUGAUGACCUGUCCUCAGGAUCCAUAGGUCAUCAGUAUCUGGUCGAUGGGGGACCCCCACCGAUCAGAUGUUUGAGAAGGCACCAGAGCUCCAGGCCUUUUCGCAGCUUACCAAGCACAGCGCCCUACAUUGUAUAGCAGCUGUGCUUGGUAUCAUGCUCAGCCCCAUUCACUUCAAGGAUCAUUGGGACCCAACAGUAUUUCCAUUAAGUAUGUUAUUAACCUUCGCAAUGUUAGUUCUAGAAAUUUGGGAAUCCUUCAAGAUAAUUGAAGAUCACAAAUGAUAAGGGGCAAAGUAUUAAAUAUAUGUCCGGACUGACAUAAUGGGUAACAUUUUAGUUGAACUACAAAUGAAAUACUGAUAGGCUAGGUAAAAAAAUACAUUGACAACAUUGGUUUGUUUAAAUA